GCUUCUCCUAAAGAGGACUCCAAACCGCUGAAGAGGCCUCGAGAAGACGAUGAGUAAGUGGCGUGGGUACUGGGGACCUGAAUGCUUACGUGUGGCUCUAAAAAGAGAACACCAAGGGAGCAAUUAGGAUAUGAGAUAUUCAGCCUGUAUUGGGGGACUGGAGAUCUGAGACCAAAUUCCUUAUGCUGUUAGAAGUUUUCUGAACAGGGUAAGGAUAGCAUUUGUGUUAUCCGUGGAAAAAAUAUCAUUAUCUGAUUGUGCAGAGCUGCAGUGUUAGUAAAUGGGGGGGAAAGAAAAAAAAAAUAGAAGAGACCAAUGAAGACUGUAAAACAUAAGUCUGAGUAAGUGUGGUAUUAAUGCUACCUAAGUGGAUAAGCAGUGAUUUCUGUUGGGUGGGCAAAUGACUACACAAGAGGAAGAAAAUGCAGUCAGCCUGUUCAGCGUAGGGGAGAGGUUCACACGCACUGCAUGGCAUGAUUCCCUUUUAAAAGUGUCUAAAUAUGUUGUGGAUUACGCUGUGGAUUUUUCUCUAAGUCAAAAGAAAACUCAUAUGAUGUUUGCCUGAUAUGUAGUAGCCUGCCCAGUAAAAUAAAAGCCCAGUUACAUCAUGCUGUGAUCUGUCACCAUCUAUGCACGUCCAGCUUUUCAAAUAGUGUGAUCUUGUUAGUGGCCUAGACUUAAAGGCUUGGAAGAGUUUACCCACAGUGGCAUUCUGUUCCAGUGUGGUAUUUCUCAGUGUCCAAGAGACAUGGGUGUGACAUCUUUUCUUUUGUGUAAUCAUUUGCUGCCUUCUGGUAAGUUUUUGUGACCUCCCAUUUCAUGCCUGCAAUGGAAAGAUUACGAAUUUGCCAGCAGUCAGUUUUGCUGUUGUUCAAACUAAGUAGGGGAUGCAAAAAGUGGGCCUUGGAGGCAGAUGAUGAUUACAAGAGGGACGGCAGGGUUGGCGCUGACUACAAACCCAAGAAAAUCAAAACAGAAGACGUAAAGAAAGCAAAGAAAAGGAAACAAGAAGAAGAAGAGGACAGCAAAGCAAAGAAAGCUAAGAACAAAGAUAAGAAAAGCCCUGAAGCAGACAAAAGAAAGAAGCCUAAAAAAGAAGAGGAGCAGAAAUGGAAAUGGUGGGAAGAAGAACGCUACCCUGAAGGAAUUAAAUGGAAGUUCCUAGAGCAUAAAGGUCCUGUAUUUGCUCCACCAUAUGAACCACUGCCUGAAAAUGUCAAGUUUUACUACGAUGGUAAAGUCAUGAAGCUGAGCACCAAAGCAGAAGAAGUUGCCACGUUCUUUGCAAAAAUGCUCGACCAUGAAUACACUACGAAGGAGAUCUUCAGGAAAAACUUUUUUAAGGACUGGAGAAAGGAAAUGACCUCUGAAGAGAAGAGCACAAUCACCAGCCUCAGCAAGUGUGACUUCACCCACAUGAGCCAGUAUUUCAAAGCUCAGACGGAAGCUAGGAAACAGAUGUCCAAGGAGGAGAAACAGAAAAUCAAAGAGGAGAAUGAGCGGCUAUUGAAGGAAUAUGGUUACUGUGUGAUGGACAACCACAAAGAGAGGAUUGCUAACUUUAAGAUCGAACCUCCGGGUCUCUUCCGAGGCCGGGGGAACCAUCCCAAAAUGGGCAUGUUGAAGAGACGCAUCAUGCCAGAAGACAUCAUCAUUAACUGCAGCAAGGAUUCCAAGGUCCCUCCCCCUCCACCAGGACACAAAUGGAAGGAGGUCCGGCAUGAUAACAAGGUUACCUGGCUAGUGUCAUGGACAGAGAACAUCCAAGGCUCUAUCAAAUACAUAAUGUUGAACCCUAGCUCAAGAAUUAAGGGUGAGAAGGACUGGCAAAAGUAUGAGACAGCCCGGAGGUUGAAGAAGUGCGUAGAUAAAAUCCGAAAUCAAUACAGAGAAGAUUGGAAAUCCAAAGAGAUGAAAGUACGGCAGAGGGCUGUGGCACUGUACUUCAUUGAUAAGCUUGCCCUGAGAGCUGGUAAUGAAAAAGAAGAAGGGGAGACAGCUGACACCGUGGGCUGCUGCUCUCUGAGAGUAGAACAUAUCAAGCUGCAUCCUGAGCUGGAUGGCCAGGAAUACGUGGUUGAGUUUGACUUCCUCGGGAAGGACUCCAUCCGAUACUACAACAAAGUCCCUGUUGAGAAGAGGGUUUUUAAGAAUCUUCAGCUGUUCAUGGAGAACAAGCAGCCUGAGGAUGACCUUUUUGACCGCCUCAAUACCAGUAUCUUAAAUAAACAUCUUCAAGACCUUAUGGAGGGACUGACAGCCAAGGUAUUCCGUACUUACAAUGCCUCCAUCACGCUACAGCAGCAGCUCAAGGAGCUCACUAACCCGGAUGAUAACAUCCCAGCGAAGAUCCUUUCCUAUAACCGUGCCAACAGAGCGGUUGCCAUUUUGUGUAACCACCAGAGGGCUCCACCGAAGACCUUUGAGAAGUCCAUGAUGAACCUGCAGAGCAAGAUCGAUGCCAAGAAGGAGCAGUUAGCUGAUGCCAGGAGAGAACUGAAAAGCGCCAAAGCUGAUGCCAAGGUCCGGAGGGAUGAGAAGUCUAAAAAGGCAGUGGAGAGCAAGAAGAAAGCAGUGCAGAGGAUUGAGGAGCAGCUGAUGAAGCUGGAGGUUCAGGCUACAGAUAGGGAGGAGAACAAGCAGAUCGCCUUGAGCACCUCCAAACUCAACUAUCUGGAUCCUAGGAUCUCUGUCGCUUGGUGUAAGAAGUGGGGAAUUCCUAUAGAGAAGAUAUAUAACAAAACCCAGCGAGAGAAAUUCGCCUGGGCUAUCGACAUGGCAGAGGAAGACUAUGAGUUUUAACCUGUUUUUAAUGAGAUGAAUGUUAUGGGAAUAAAAGGGGGAGUAGCCUGGUUUUUAGGAAGAUUGAUAAACUGUGAGCCUUACUUGUCCUUGGAUGCUGGGGAGGGGGGAGAAAAGGGGCAAGUGAGCAUGGGAUAAAACAGCCAACAUCUUGUAGAAAGCAUAACCUGGAAAUAUCCUAAAGGAGCUGAGCCAGUUGUCCUAUGGACAACUUAUUUAAAAAUGUUUCAGAGAUCCAAAUUCUAGCUGUCUGGUUUGUGUGGUUUUUCUCUUGAGGCAGAGCAAAGUGGAUGGAGGAUUUGUCAACCUUCCGCCAGGCAAAUUCACCAUCACACUGAGAGCGUGGGAAUCUUUAGCUACUGUAUACAAAAUCCAAUUAUAUUGGUGCGUUUUUACAGUUAGGGUUUUGCAAUAACUUCUAUAUUUUAAUAGAAAAUGGACUCCUUAACCCCCUGCCCUUCCCCCGCCCCAUUUCAGAAUCUUAACAAAUACGAUUUAAGGAACCCAACGCACCUGUUACAGCUGUCACUUGUAGUCAUGGAAGUAUCCGAUAUUAUUUUUGUUAACUGUCACUUGGAACGGUCGUGGCAUUGGGACAUAAAUGACAAAUAUCCACCGCAUCCGCUGGGAGCAAAGCGUGACGGGAAAUGCAGACGGGCCCUCCUGGCUUCUGUGUUCCUCUCUUUUUUUUUUGUUUUUAAAUGUGAAUUUUUAUUUCUUUUAAUUAUUUUAAAAUAUUUAAACCGUUUCCUUUCCUUCUUCUUGAUCUUAAAGAUCACAUUGAUGCGGGGGGGCCGUGGGAUCCCAGCACAAACGGAAUGGGCAGGGAAUGCCGUUCCCGUCACGCUUUGCUGUGAGGGCGCUCUGUACACUUCAAGAAUAUUUCCUUUUAGGUUUGUCAGACUGUUUUACCUCCCCCCCCCCCCCCCCUCCUUUUUUUCUAAGCCCCGCUCCCCCUCUCUUUUACUUGAAAGAUUUUAUUGUGUAAUAAAGAAGUUUCACAGGUCAAAAAUUUCGAGGGCAAUGAGCAUCGGUCCAAACAGGAGCAGAAUCAAGAUUUUAGGGCUUUUAUUUUUUGUUUUCUUUUGUAAUUGUGUAAAAAAAUUUUAAAAAAUUACAAAGCAGAAUUUUAAUGUGAAACCUUUUUUUGCUAUAAUCAUUAGUUUUAGAGGCAUUGUUAGCGUAGUGUGUGUGCGAAGACCAUUUCCUGCAGCCUUUCCUCAACAAGUAUCUUCUAUUUUUAUCAUGAAUUCCCUUUUAAUCAACUGUAGGUUAUUUAAAAUAAAUUCCUACAACUUAA